UAGAACAUAGGGAUGAACAAAACAGGAAUAAAACUUGGGAUGAGAUACUUCGAGGUCAGUGUAAAAUUUUGGCUGAGAGUGAAAAAUACAAAGAUAAACUUCACAAAAAUGAUGUUGAUUACAUUAAUUCUUCUGAAUCUUGUCAAAAUUCACCAAAGAAGGCCAGUAAAGUUUCUGCAAGUAUCUCAACAAGGACACUUGAACCAAGUCAUGAAAAAUUGAAUCACUUAUAUAAGGACAGUAGCAGUAAUUCUAUUGAAACAUGUCAAGCAUCUUUUGACCCGUUUAUUGAUUCGGAUCCAGUUAAAACACUUGACUUUCUUAUCAAACAACUUCGAGAAAAAAUUGGUAAAAAAACCAGAAAAUAAAAAUUUGCAACAAAUUAUUAUUGAAAUGGAAAAUGCUCUCUUGAAAAUAUCUGCUGAGAAUCAAACUUACCCAUUAAAAAUGCAGGACAAAAUUGUCCACGAGACUCGAGGAAUAUCUUCACCUGUUGCUUCUAAGUCUAGUAACAGUCAUGAAUUAAAGGAAAAGAUUAGUCCAUCAGAAUGUACACAGCUUAAAGACCAUUACGGAGAAAGUUGUCUUUUCUUGCAAAGUUUGUGCAUUAAGCAAAGAGAAAGCUGUGAUAAUCACCUACGAGAAAAAGAGCAGCUCACAUUGCAGCUGGCGGAAAGUAGACGACUGUUGGCUGUUGCUAAAUCUAAAGAAAAGGAGUACGAAGUAACCUUGGGUGAACUUCGUUUGAAAGUACAAGAGACUGAAAUGAAAAAUCAACAGCAGAGUGAAACAAUUCAAGAACUAUUGGACAAAAUCAGUUUACUAACAUCUGAAAAUGAGGCUCUAGUACAUUUCAAAGAAUCAACUAAAAAACUGGGGUCUCAGGUUAAACAAAUAACCAUAGAGAAAGAACUUCUACAGUCAAGAUUAUGGCUACAAGAUUUAGAAAUUGAAAAACUGAAAGUCUUGCUGAAAGUUAAAGAGAAUAAGAAAACUGGUUUGGAACAAAAAAAGAAUGAAUUGUUGGAGGAAAGUACCAAGAACUCUCCUACAUAUGAAGAAUGUGUGGAUGUUCCAAUAGAAAUAAAAAAUAACUCGUUUCUGUCUCUGUCUACGAUAACUAGUUGGUCUCAGGAGAAACCUGGUCCUGUGUGCUCGUCACAAGCAUCUAGCAGUCCUAGACAUUCGCCCUCACCCUACAACUCUUGGCAACACAUUAGUGCCAUCUAUCAGCGACCGGAGGCAGUCAAACCCAUCACCAAGGAGGCAGCAGAGAAAUUUCUAGAUUUGGAAAAGCUAGUUGAUCAACCCUUUUUAGAUUUGGAGAAUCCAUCUAUAGCCAAUUCUCUUUGGAGUGACAAAUUGGAACAAGAUAUCAAUUCUAAAAUGCUUUUCUCUGAUCAUGAAAGUGGGACACUUAGUUCAUGAGUGAGGGACUGUUUAUACUUCCAGAAGCUUACAAGCAUACAGUACUGUUACAUUCCUCAUGACUAGAGCUGUGAUAUGUGAUAUUAAAAAGGAUAAAAAUUAUGAAUGAUCAAAUAAAAGUAAGUUGCUGUUGAGAACAAAAUUUUAUAUAUAUAUAUUGUUUUUAAAUUAUUGUAUAUUUUCAGAACUGCUGUAUUUUACAUUGUAAUAAAUUGUGUAUUUGUAAUCUAAAAAUGUUUAAA